AUGUCUUCUAUAGCAGAUAAAUUUCCUGAUUUAUCAAAAAAUAAAAUUCCAAAAAUACCUGAUGAUGAGAAAUUUGAAGAUGCUCCAAAAACACCUAUUAAAAAAGAACCAGAUGUUGAAAAAAUGGAAGUUGAAUUUCCAAAAUUAAAUGUUGUUGAAGAGAUGAUAGAAAUAAUUGGGAUCAAGUGA